AUGAAGUUUUGCUCCAGAUGUAAUAUCAUGUUGUCCAACAAUGGAAUCAAUAACACAGAUCAACUUUUGGAAACUACAUUAUAUGACAAUAUAUUUGCCGAGGCCAUUGACUGUUUCGGAAGUUCCAUCACUGAGUACAACGCAUUGGUACCAUUGGUAAAUGUGAUCGGUGACACUCUUGAAAUCCCAACUUCCAGAAUCAAUUUAUUCUUGACAAACCAUGUUCCAAACUUUAUUGAAGAUUCCGAUCACAUCAAGGUGGGAAGGGCUACUUUAACCAAAUCUCUAGACAAAACAUACAGAGGAGUAUCCAACCAAACAUCCUUCGCCAAGACUAACCACUCUCUCAGACUCAUGGAGCAAGUUGGAGUAUCCAUUCAAAUGAUAGAACCAAUUUUGUUAGUAGGUGAAACUGGUACUGGUAAGACCACAAUUGUCCAACAGAUAGCCAAGAUGAUGAACAAAAAGCUUAUUGUUAUCAACGUUUCCCAACAGACAGAGUCCGGGGAUCUUUUGGGUGGUUACAAGCCAGUGAAUGCCAAAACUAUGGUAGUUCCGAUCCAAGACGAAUUCCAGAGAUUAUUUUUGGCCACUUUCUCCAAGAAGAAGAAUGAGAAAUUUGCCCAAUUAUUGGGUAAGUGUUUGAGCAAGAACCAAUGGAAGAAUGUCAUUAGGUUGUGGAGAGAAGCCCUCAAGUUGGCAAGGGAAGUUUUGAAAGCUUCUGAUUCCGAUGAUGAAUCUCCUCCAUCCAAGAAGAGAAAGUUGACUUCAAACGAUAAGACUAUCAUCAUGAACCAAUGGUUAGAAUUCGAGGCACUGGUCCAAAAGUUUGAGCUCCUGAUUGCCAACCUUGAGAAUUCUUUCGUGUUCAAUUUUGUCGAAGGUUCUCUUGUUAAAGCCGUGAAAAAUGGUGACUGGUUACUCUUGGACGAAAUUAAUUUGGCGUCCUCCGAUACUCUUGAGAGUAUAGUUGACCUUUUGAACGAAGCUCAUGACCAAAGAACUUUAUUAUUGACCGAGAAGGGUGAUAUUGAGCCCAUCAAGGCACAUUCUGAAUUCCGAAUUUUCGGUUGUAUGAAUCCAUCUACCGAUAUCGGUAAGAAGGACUUACCACCAAGUAUUAGAUCGAGAUUCAGUGAGAUUUAUGUGCAUUCACCCGAUAGAGAUAUCUCUGAUUUGUUGAUGAUUAUUGACAAGUACGUCCACAGGUAUGCCGUUGGCGAUGAAUGGGUCGGCAAUGAUAUCGCUGAAUUGUAUUUGGAAGCAAAGAAAUUAAGCGAAACCAACCAAAUUGUCGAUGGUGCUAACCAGAGGCCACAUUUCAGUAUUCGUACAUUGUCCAGAACAUUGAUCUACGUGUGUGACAUUGUCUCCAUCUAUGGGUUGAGAAGAUCAUUGUAUGAAGGUUUCUGUAUGUCUUUCUUGACAUUGUUGGAUACCAAAUCCGAAGCCAUCUUACAGCCUGUCAUAAUGAAGCAUACCCUUGGGAGAUUGAAGAAUAUGAAAUCUGUGAUAAAGCAAUGUCCACCAGCUCCAACCACUGCCGGGUCUGCUUAUGUUCAAUUCAAGCACUACUGGAUGAAGCAAGGUCCAAUGGAACCUAUUCCUCAGCCCCACUAUAUUAUUACUCCAUUUGUCGAGAAGAAUAUGCUUAACUUGGUGAGAGCUACUGCUGGAAGAAGAUUUCCUAUCUUGGUUCAGGGUCCUACCUCCGCAGGUAAAACGUCCAUGAUCAACUACUUGGCCAAUAUCACAGGUCACAAGUUUGUUAGAAUCAACAACCACGAACACACUGAUUUGCAAGAAUACCUCGGUACUUAUGUGUCUGAUUCCACUGGAAAAUUGACUUUCAAGGAAGGUGUUUUGGUCGAGGCAUUGCGUAAGGGUCAUUGGAUUGUGCUUGACGAAUUGAAUCUUGCCCCAACCGAUGUUCUUGAAGCAUUGAAUAGAUUAUUGGAUGAUAACAGAGAGUUGUUUAUUCCUGAAACACAAGAGGUCGUUCACCCACACCCAGACUUCAUGAUUUUUGCUACCCAAAAUCCUCCUGGAUUGUAUGGUGGUAGAAAGGUCUUGUCCAGAGCCUUCAGAAACAGAUUCUUAGAGUUGCAUUUCGAUGACAUUCCUCAGGACGAGUUGGAGAUUAUUCUUAAGGAAAGAUGUCAAAUCGCCCCAACAUACGGUAAGAAGAUCGUUGAGGUCUACAGACAAUUAUCUAUCCAGAGACAAUCCUCCAGAUUGUUUGAACAGAAGAAUUCUUUUGCUACUCUUCGUGAUUUGUUCAGAUGGGCUUUGCGUGAAGCAGUUGGCUAUGAAGAAUUAGCUGCCAACGGCUACAUGUUGUUGGCCGAGAGAGUCAGAAAGGAUGACGAGAAAAAGGUGGUCCAACAAGUGAUCGAGAAGGUCAUGAGAGUCAAAUUGGAUAUGGAUGCUUACUAUGAAAAAUUAGAAGAAAAGGCAUUAAUGUCCCUCCCUGAUACUUCGAUUGUCUGGACUAAAUCUAUGAGACGUUUGGCAGUGUUGGUAUUCACUUCCAUGAAGUACAACGAACCAUUAUUGCUCGUGGGUGAAACAGGUUGUGGUAAGACCACUGUGUGUCAAAUCAUUGCCAGAUAUCUAGGAAAAGAAUUAGUCACUGUGAAUGCCCACCAGAACACAGAAACCGGUGAUAUUUUGGGUGCCCAAAGACCAGUCAGAAACAAGUUGGAAACGAAGAAGGACUUGGUUGACAGUUUGACUAAGGUAUUCGAAGCCAUGGGCAGGGAAAUCCAGCCUGAUUGGGACUUGGAGUAUUUGUUGGAGUUGUACGAUUCCAUCAAUUCUUUCGAGGGAAUGGAUGCCAAACUUUUAGAACUGGUUGCACAGGGUCGUAAGGACUUGGCGGUGUUGUUUGAAUGGAACGAUGGUCCUUUGAUCCAAGCUAUGAAGCAAGGUAACUUUUUCCUCUUGGAUGAAAUCUCUUUGGCUGAUGAUUCAGUGUUGGAGAGAUUGAACUCCGUUUUGGAACCUGAAAGAAGUCUUCUUCUCGCUGAAAAGGGUACUGACGAUGCGUUCAUUACAGCCCACGAAGGUUUCGAGUUCUUGGCUACCAUGAACCCAGGUGGUGAUUAUGGUAAGAAGGAGUUGUCUCCUGCGUUGAGAAACAGAUUUACCGAGAUUUGGGUGCCUUCCAUGAAUGACUUCAACGACGUCAGAGAAAUCAUCGCUUCUAAACUUAUCAACAAGGAUCAUAUUGAGCCCAUUGUGCAGUUUUCUGAAUGGUACGGCAAGAAGUUCGGAGGUGGUCACAUCGACAGUGGUGUAAUUUCCCUUAGAGAUAUAUUGGCCUGGGUUCAGUUCAUUAAUUCAUGUUCCAAGGAGGUGGAACCAUCUGCCGCUUUAUUGCAUGGUGCCAGCAUGGUGUUCAUUGACGCCUUAGGAACCAACAAUACUGCUUAUUUGGCUGAGAACGAGGCCAGGUUAAAUGAGCAAAAGGAAGAAUGUGUUGCCAAAUUGUCCCAGUUUGCCAAUGCCGAUUUGAUGAAGUUCUUCAAGGCUACGUAUCAGGUUUCUAUGACUGAAGAGCAAUUCCAAAGUGGUCCAUUUUCCCUUUCCCGUAUCCAGGUCGACACCUCGAAGGGUGCUCCGUUCAAUUUGUUGGCUCCAACCACUGCUGCCAACUGUAUGAGAAUUGUACGUGCUAUGCAAGUUCACAAGCCAAUCUUGUUGGAAGGUAGUCCUGGUGUGGGUAAAACCAGUUUAAUUACUGCGUUGGCAAAGGCCACCGGAAAUCCUUUGAUUCGUAUCAAUUUGUCAGAACAAACUGACUUGAUCGAUUUAUUUGGUUCUGAUACUCCUGCUGAAGGAGGAAAAACCGGUGAGUUCGUUUGGAGAGAUGCUCCAUUUUUGAGAGCAAUGCAAAGAGGUGAAUGGGUGUUAUUGGAUGAGAUGAACUUAGCUUCCCAAUCCGUUUUGGAAGGGUUGAACGCUUGUUUAGAUCACCGUGGUGAAGCAUACAUUCCAGAGUUGGAUAAGUCUUUCACUUGCCACCCAGAAUUCAAGGUGUUCGCUGCUCAGAAUCCCCAAUACCAAGGUGGUGGAAGAAAAGGUUUGCCCAAGUCGUUUGUCAACAGAUUCAGUGUGGUUUAUGUCGACGUAUUGAAAUCCCAGGAUUUGAAUAUGAUCUCCAACCAUUUGUAUCCAAAUGUUGGCGAAGAUGCCGUGGCAAAAUUGAUCCAAUUUAUUUCCCAGUUGGAAGAACAAAUCGUUGUUCAGAAGAAAUGGGGAUCUUUGGGUGGACCUUGGGAAUUCAACUUGAGAGAUACUUUGAGAUGGUUUGAGAUGUAUUCCUCUAAGUUUUUGGUUGAGGACUUGAACGAUUUCUUCAAUAUGAUUAUCUGCCAAAGAUUCAGAUGCGAGGAAGAUAGAGCUAAGGCCCGUGAAUUAUUCGAGUCCAUCUUCGGACCUCAGGUCCAGAAAGAUGUCUACUACUCAAUUACUGAUAAGUAUCUCCAGGUAGGUGAUGCCAUCAUCGAAAGAAAGAGAAACGUUCAAUACAGAUCUGACAACUUGCUCCCAUUACAAUCCAAUUUCAAGGUUUUGGAAAGUGCCAUUAGGUGUAUUAACCACAACCUUCCCUUGAUCAUUACUGGUCCAAGUAAUGCAGGUAAAACUGAAUUAAUCAGAUUUUUGGGAGGAGUGAUUGGGGUUAAGAUCGACGAGUUUGCCAUGAACAACGAUGUUGACUCCAUGGAUAUCCUUGGUGGAUACGAGCAAGUUGAUUACACCAGGUCCAUCAUCAUGAUUACCGAUAAGGUAUACGAGCAGUUGAAUGAAAUGAUUGUGAUCAACAUCAAUUCUGACAAGAAUGUUGUCAGUAAGGCUGUCGAGUUUUUGGACUUCCUUUACUCCAACGAGAUUGGCGUGGAAAAUUAUGACACUUUCCAUGCCCUCUUUGGUUCCAAUCUUGAGAUUUACUCGAAUGAUACAUUGACCAAGUUGUAUCAGGAAUCGACUGUUCUUUCCAAGAAAAUCCAGCAAGACAAGAGCAUCAAGUUCGAUUGGUUCGAUGGUCUUCUUGUGCAAGCAGUUGAAAAAGGAAACUGGUUGAUCCUUGAUAAUGCCAAUUUGUGUAACCCAUCUGUUCUUGACAGAUUGAACUCUUUAUUGGAAACCGAUGGUGUGUUAAUUAUCAACGAAUGCAACAACAGCGACGGACAGCCUAGAGUGAUCAAGCCUCAUCCAGAGUUCAGAUUGUUCUUGACUGUUGACCCCAAGUAUGGCGAAUUGUCUAGGGCAAUGAGAAACAGAGGUAUUGAAAUCUUUUUGGAUAAAUUGGAUGUCAGAAUGACUUCUUACGACAAAAAGUUACUCGGUUUUGAAGGCAGUGCUCCUGUUGUUAAAUUUUUCCCAUCCUCUUCCUCCGAAUUCAGACCAUUCGCUUUAUUGGAUGACAUCUUCGAAGCCUCUUCGAAUGUUCAAGAAGCGGUCACGAUUGGAUUCAGUGUGCUUCCAUUUGACUUGCUUGUCAACUCCAACUGGAUUUCAUUCGUUGUGAGUUCCAGCCAGUUUUCCAGCCACACAAAGUCGUUGGCUCAAAGCUUGUUGGCCAUUAUUGAGUACGGAAAAUCCACAGGCUUAAUCAACAGAUUACAUUCCAUUUACCAGCCUAUUCAAGAAUAUGUUAACGAGCUCUUGGGAUUCAAUACUUUGUUUUCCUAUCACCAGGUUCCUCAUCCUUUGUUGAAUCCAAAUAUUGUGCCUAUCAUUAGCAAAUUGAAUCCUUGGGUGGGAUCGUCGGAAUCCAACUACUUUUUCGAAGUCAUUACCAGAGUUAUCAAGUCCAACACGACUAUCAAAUCUAUUGAAGAACAGGGAUUGAAUGGUAAGGUGAAUGAGUUAAGCUACAUUGAAAGAUCUGCUGCCUACCAUCUUGGUAGAAAUAUCAAGAACGUACCCAGACUAGAGAUCUUCAAGUUCAUGAAGCAGACUAGCGAAUUCAUCGAAAUGGUAUUCCAGAAGCUGAUUGGUUCUAUGUUCCAGUCACAGGGAGUCUAUCAAUCUUUGUACGAAUUCCAAUCAAUUUGGGAAGGUAUGUUAGAGACCAGUCAGGAACAGGACGAGUCCAAAUUGAGAGUCUAUCAGGAAAUGAUGAGUAAGUGGGUCAAGACUGAGGACUCAGGUGACUCUUCAAUCAAGCCUUAUCUUGACGAAAUUAAGCAAACCAUCCAUACCUUUGUUCAAAAGUUGAAUUUGUCGACCGGAAGUUCUAUGGAUCUCAUUUGGGAAACUUGCAGAGGAGACUAUCCAAAGAAUGAACAAUCGUGGGAAAAUCUCAAGAGAUUAAUCUCAUUAGCUGACGACUUUGACGAGAUCGCCGAUGAACAAUUCGGCGACGCUCGUGAAUCGGUUCUUGGCUUGAGAAAAUUGAUUGUGGAGGUUUACCAGGAUAUCGUCACCGAUAGAAUGAAUGAUGAAGGGUUCCAAGAGUUAUACGAUACCUUGUCAAGUGGAAUCAAAUCGCUCAAGGAAGUGUCCUCCAAGUUUGUAAUCAAGCGUGAUAAUUCCUUCAAGAAGGAAGUUUCCAUGAUUGCCAAUUUUAUCGAGUCGCAAGGCUUGAUGAAUGGCCAAGAUGUGAGUGAAAAGAUCGUGGAAUUAGCAUCUGAGGGAAACACUUCCACAAUUUCGUUGUUGAACAACAACCAAGGAAUUUUGUUUAAGCCAUAUCCAUCAAUUUUCAAAAAGUUAUGGAAGGCUGACGAAUCAUUGGUUCCAGGAUUAUUCUACUCUGAUUUGAUAUUGUCGUCAUUGACCAAGAUACAGAAACUUCCUGGCUCUUCUGGUAAGUAUCUUCAACAGAAACUUGAUGAUAUUGAUCAUUUGAAGAGGGCCUUGAUCAACAACUCUCUUCCUAUUUUGAGCAACCAGAUUUCUAGUUUCAAGGACUUGCUUGUAAAGUGGAUUCAUCAAUUCUUGAUAAUCCACUUGGAUAGCUUUAACGAACAGGACAAGGUUGUGCUUCAGAACUUAGACUUAGCUUCAAUCAAGGAAUACGUUUCCUCAAUCGUCCAGAUUGUGGAAAAUUCGAGUGACGAAGCUUUCAGGAAUAUUGCUCUUGAAUACUUCAUCCCUGCCCUCAUUUUAAUAUCCGAUGCCACCUCUCAAUCUGUUAAGGCAUUGGGUAAGGCUUGGAUCUUGUUUUCUUGUGGUUCAAUCCAACUUUACUUGCCAAGCUCGUCUUAUGAUCCUGCUAUUAAAGAGUAUGUCAUUUACAAGAAGUUCAAUGACCAAAAGGAAGCUUCGGAAAAAAUAAUUAACGCAUGGAAGAUAGCCAGACAAGUGUUAAUGGGUGAUGAAAUUUCUGGUAUUGAAAAGUUGCUUCCAAGCGUGGAUGCCAACAAUUCUCCUUCUAGGCCUAGAGUUUUCAGAACUCAAAAAUCGAUUGACACCCUCUUUGAAGAAUGGAAUGCAUUCAUGGAGUCUACCAUUGAUGUGGAACCUAUAAGGACAUUAUUGGAGAGUGCCGAACAAUUGAAUGAUUCUACUGCUAAGAGAACUGAGAUGUUCCAGAAUAAUUCCAACCAGUUUUUGUUGAGACUUCGCAAGAAACACUUUAUUUAUUCAGAUUUGAAUGAUAUCUUGGUUGGAUAUAUUUAUGGUCUCAAAUUUGGUUUCGACUUAUUGAGUUCUGACUCUAAGAAUGACCUUUCCAAGUACCAGUUUGAUCCAUUGUGGUUAGUGAACGUGGUUGGUUUGACUGACGAGUCUUCUUGUAACGAAAUGUUCGAGAAUGCUAAGGUAUUGACUAAGUCCUUGCCGAUAGAUUCUUCGGUUUCGGAGCACUUAAUGUCUUUCUUUAUGAGGUUGUCAUUCGUCCAUUCGAGUGAGUCGUCCAUUCUCGAGCAGGCCCUUCAGUCACUUUACUACAGAUGGUCUUUGCGUCGUAUUAAGCAAGAAGAAGCUGAGGCUCAACAAGGUAGCUUAUACAAGUAUAAUGAUACCGAGGGUGAUGCAGAGGAGGACUUCAAGAGUAUGUUCCCCGACUACGAAGAAGUGGUAGGAGAAGUCGAUACCAAGUCCUCCAAGAAGAACGACUCGUUUGAAGAGAUAUACUUCAUGAUUGCAAAGAUGUACAUGAACGAAUUUGUUAUGCAAAACGAUUUCAACAUCCAGUCAUUGGUAAAUGAUGGUGCUGAAAUCAUUGAAUUGAUGUCUAACAUCUUAUCUGAAUCGAAGAAGUCUCAAAACAACCCAUCCAUUUUGGCUUCCUUGAUUGCUAAGAUUUCUGCCAGUCACCAGGAAUUUACUAAUAGCUUGAACCAUAACCUGUUCGACUUCUACCACGGAAACUCAUCCUCAGAAUCCAAGAAGGCCAUUAAAAUUAUCACUAACAUCCACACCUCGGUGCUUAAGUUGUUAGAGCAGUGGCCAGAACAUUCUACCUUGCAAAAUAUUGCUGUGGCCACCAAUGAAUACUUGCAAGUUCCUAUUGAAGUUCCGUUGUCAAGAUUAUUGCAAAAGAUCGAACAGAUCUACACAUUGAUUUCGGAGUGGGAGAAAUAUGCUUCCAGUGAAGUGACUUUGAAGGUAUUCUUUGACGAAUUAACUGUAUUGAUCGUUUCUUGGAGAAAACUAGAACUUUCCACUUGGAAGGCACUCUUCAGUUUUGAGGAGACUACCUUGGAAAAGAACCUUGGCAAGUGGUGGUUCCACUUGUUCGAGGUCAUCAUGAUCCCCAUCUUGGGCAAGGAAUACGAGGACCUUACUCCUGUGAAAUUGCUUGCAGCAUUGAACUUGUUCAUGAGUCAAUCUACGUAUGGAGAGUACGCAUCCAGAUUGAACUUGUUGAGAUCUUUCAGGAAUCACAUUCUGAGACUCCAGCAAGACGUUCAAGCAGUCCAGGAUGUCCAUAAUGCACUCUGCAACUUCAUCCAGUUCUAUGAGCAGUUCAUUCCUUUGAUCACCGAAGCUAUCAACACCACCAAGGUUAAGCUCGAAAAGGAUAUCAACGAAGUGAUCUUGCUUGCUAGCUGGAAGGACGUCAAUAUCGAUGCGCUCAAGCAAAGUUCAAGAAAGUCCCACAAUAAUCUCUACAAGAUUGUGAGAAAGUAUAGAGCCUUGUUGGCCACUUCAGUCUCGUCUCUUAUCCAAGGAGGGUUGACUGAAGUCAACAAGACUGUCAUUUCUGUCAAGGAGUUACCAUUGAUCACUGGUCAUGUUAGUGAUAAAGAAGACGGCGAACUUUGCUCUACUAUUUCAACUUGGUCUCAAAGACCUACCCGUCUUCAAAACUUGACCAUGGUGGAGAAGAAUAUGAAUACUUAUGUUUCCAGAAUUAUUGAGGACGAGAUUCCAAAUAUUUACGGCUACGCCAAAGAUACUUUGGAGCAGAUGGAACAGCUUCGUAAGGAGACUCCAAAGGAAUUGAAGAAGGACAACAAGAAGAUAGUGGCUGCCUUGAAAACUCAGAAGAGAAAGUUGCUCAGUGACACCAUCCGUGAAUUGAGAAGGAUUGGGUUGAAAACCACAUUGAGAGCAGACAUUAUGGAAUUCCAAGGCACCACCAACGUGAUCCUAGUCAACAGUACCAACUUUGGUGACAGUAUCUUAAAGGGAAGUGAUGGAUACUUCUUUAGAAUUUUGGAUCUUUUGCCACGUUUGAGAGCUUCAGUCUCUGAAGUGGCAGAGGACGUCCCAGCAGCUGAUGCCCAGAAGGGACUUGCUGCUGCCGAAAACUUGAUUCACUCAUUGAUCGCCACCAGAGGCCAGUUGAAUACAUUUGCCAAUGGCUUGGGGACCGUGGAUGAGUUGUUUUUGUCGUUUGAAAAAUUGGCCAAUGUGAAGAACAAUAACGACGUCUUAGUAAGAGCUUCUGUGGUUGAUUCCAGCAACAUGAAUAUCAUGACUAUCAAGAAGAUUUUGUAUUGGUUGCCAAAAAUCAUUGACCACACCAUUGAAAUCAUCCAAGCUAAUGCUAUGGGUGAUAACGUGCUCAAGAUAUUAAUGAAGGCCAAGUUUGAACUCACCAGCUUUUCCCAGACUUUCAAGACUAUGGACAGUCACAUCUACACUGGUGAGACAGUCAAGUGCAUUGAAAAGUUCCAAAACUUCUAUCAGAUCUUUUCUGGUGAUAUUAGGGCAUGCUGCUCCACUACAGCCAAGGAUACGUUUAUUGCCGAGUUGAUUAACCAAUGGAUUCUUACCUCGCAAUACAGCGUGCAAAUUCAAUCAUCUACCUCGCUCAAUGAUUUGAGAACAGUCGAAGAUGUUGAAUUGGCCUAUCGUGAUUUAUCCAGCGCCAUUAUCGUCACCAUUCAAAAGGCACUCGAGGUCAUUGCAGAGCCUGUUUCUGAGGAGGAUGAUGGAUGGCUCAAGACUAGUCAGCAGAGGCUUUUCAAGCUCAUCAAGUCGCUUCAUUACCCCAAGAUAAUUCACAAGAUUAACAGGUGCAUUGAGCUCGCUUCCCAAGUUGAACACAGCAUCGUUUCUUCAAAUUUGGUUUCUGCAUUAACCAGCUUUACUCUUCCAUUAGUCAAGCAUUACGUGAAGUUAUGCUGGAACACUUUGGGAAAGAGUAGAACCAACUACCUUGAAACAUCACACGCCACUUUCAUCUUGACCAGUUCUCUCCACACGUUAGCCACCAAGGGAUUCUGUUCUCCUGAACCUCCUACCGAGCAGAAGGAAGACAGCAACUUGCAAGAUGGAACAGGAUUGGGAGACGGAGAAGGUCAAAACACUGGAGAAGUUGGAGAUGAUGAAGAUUUGAGUGAAGAUGCUCAAACCGAGAACAAGGAAAAGGAAGAAAAGGACGAGGGAGACGAAGAUGAGAAUGACGAUGCUGUCGAUAUGGACGGUGACAUGGCAGGAGAUUUGGAAGAAGCAUCUGAUCAAGACGAUGAUGGCGAAGGAGACGACGAAGAAGGUGAAGAUUUGGACGAAGAAGUCGACGACAUCGACGACUUGGAUCCAAAUGCCAUUGACGAGAAGAUGUGGGACGAAGAAGCAAAGGACGACAAGGAAAAGGAAUCCGACAACAUGCCUGAAAACUCCAAGAAUGAUGACAUCACUGCCAAUGAAGACGAGGACCAGUCCAGUGACAAGAAGCCCAACGAUGCCAAUGAAGGAAAGGAGGAAGAGAACGAUGACGAAAACGAUAAGGAAGAAAAGGAAGAAGCUGAAGAUGGCGAAGAAGAAGACGUUGGUGAACAAGAAGAUGAGGUCAAGAAUGACGAAAACGAAAAGUUGGAUGACUAUGUUCCUGAGACAGAAACCUUAGAUUUGCCUGAAGACAUGAAACUUGAUGGCGAUGACGAGGAGGAUGACGAAGGUGACGAUGGUGAGUUCGACGACAAGAUGGAAGACCAAGAAGAAGACAAGAAUGAAUCGAACGAUGUGAACAACGAGGAAGAGGAGGUAGCCGAACAAGGCCAAGAAGACGAGGUCAUGGAGGAUGCCGAGCAAGAAGGAGACGAUCAAGAUGAAAAUGCCGAUCAAAACCAAGAGCAAGAGGAAGAAGAAGCUGAAGAGGCAGGCGAAGCUGAAGCAGGUGAAGAUGCUAUGGAAUCUGACGAAGAAACCGUAGGAGAAAAAGACGAAGAAAAGAAGGAAGAAGGUGGUAACGACAACGAAUUGGACCAGGAGACUGCGGAAGGUGCCGAUGCUGCUAACGACGACAACAACGACGAUGACGUCGAUAUGGAGUCUGCCGUCAAGCAGGAGUACGGUGAAAAGGGCGAUGGUGCUGAUAACCAAGUGGUGGACGAAAACGAAGAUAUCGGAGCCACUGGUGGUGCCAGCACCGACAUGAACCAACAGGACGAAAAUGAAGACAACACCAACCAGGAUGAAGCCCGUGACCAGGCCAAGGAAUCCUUAAAGCAGUUGGGAGACUCGUUGAAAGAGUUCCACCGUCGUCGUCAAGAAAUCCAACAAGCGUCCCAAGAAAAGGAAGAGAAGGUUGAUCAAAGUGCAAAUGAAAGACCGGAUGAGUUCGAGCACGUCGAAGGAGAAAACGCUGAAUUCGACACCCAAGCAUUGGGUGCUGCUGAUAAGGACCAGAUCCAGUCGAUCGACGAGGACAUGGCCAUUGACGACGAUGAGAACGACGAAACUCACGAGAUCAAAGAAGAGCCCGAAACCAAGCCAGAUGAAGAUAACAUGGAUGUCGACGAGAAUGCCGAGGAAGUUGAUCCUGAAGAAGGUAACAUCGACCCAGACAAUGACUUUGAAGGAAAGACCAAGGGUGCGUUCAUUGGUGAAAGAAAACAGACCAAGGAUGAUGGAGAAUUGAUCUACAACAAGGACUUACAAGAAGAGGAACUUGACGAGUAUGUGCAACUCGACAACCUUCAACUCAACGACUUGAAUGACGAUGCUCCAAUUGAACUUGAAACCGCCCGUGAAUUGUGGAGAAAGAGUGAAUUGGCUACCCAAGAAUUAGCUUCUGGUUUAUGUGAACAAUUGAGAUUGAUUUUGGAGCCCACCUUGGCCACCAAGUUGAGGGGGGACUACAAGACUGGUAAGAGAUUGAACAUGAAGAGAAUCAUCACCUACAUUGCCUCCGAGUUCCGUAAGGACAAGAUCUGGCUCAGAAGAACCAAGCCUUCCAAGAGACAGUACCAGAUCAUGAUCGCUGUCGACGACUCUAAGUCGAUGAGCGAGAGCAAAUCUACUGAGUUGGCCUACCACAGUAUUGCCUUGGUAUCCAAGGCUUUGACCCAGCUUGAGAGUGGAGGUUUGUCCAUCGUUAGAUUUGGUGAAGACAUCAAGGUGGUCCAUCCAUUUGAUAAGCCCUUCAACAACCAGGAGACUGGCUCGAGAAUUUUCCAAUGGUUCGAUUUCCAACAGACCAAGACCGACAUCAAGCAGUUGUGUGCCAAGUCCUUGAAGAUAUUCGAGGAUGCCAGAGCCACUUCCAACUCCGACUUGUGGCAAUUGCAAAUCAUUCUUUCGGAUGGUGUUUGUGAAGACCACGAGACGAUCCAGAGAAUGGUCAGAAAGGCCCGUGAAGAGAAAAUCAUGUUGGUUUUCGUUGUGAUUGACGGAAUCAACUCCAACGAAUCUAUAUUGGACAUGAGCCAAGUCAGUUACGUUCCAGACCCUAACACUGGUGCCAUGAACUUGAAGGUCGACAAAUAUUUGGAUACCUUCCCAUUCGAGUUCUACGUGGUGGUUAGAGAUAUCAACGAAUUGCCUGAAAUGCUUAGUUUGAUCUUGAGACAGUAUUUCUCCGAGAUGGCCAGUGCUUAGUGGGGCCGAAUUAUUAGAGUGUAUAUUAGAAAAAAAUUGAUUGAUUU